AUGUCCAUCUCAUCUCUUAUCGGCGGCGGCGGUGACACAGGUGCGCUCAACCAAACAGCGCAAUCACAGCCCUCGCCUCCCACCAACGCCCCAGUACCCAACGGCCACAGCAUGCAGCCACCUUCGCCUCGACGUGGCCUGCCCGCUGGUUCACGGUCGGAUUUCCCUCUGUUUCGCCGUCAACCCACCCCAGAACGCAACAUGUACGGCAGCAAUACCUCGCGACCAUCUGAAGGCCACGCCUUCUCGGCCGGCUCACCCAGACAGUCCUACAGCAACCAUGGCUCGCCUGAUCCGGGCCGCCAGUCGCUGCCACCAACGACACAACCCUACAAGCCCAUGAACUUCGCCGGCCACCGCCCCUAUGCGCAGGACACAGGUCGACAACCUGCCGCAAAUGUCCCACCCCGACCGAAUAGCCAACCGAUGGGCCCUCUGGCAAACACCGAACAAGAGGGCAGAUCUUCGUACGACGGGUUUCCAGGCCGGCGCAGCGCCUACGGGCCAAACGAGGAGCGGCGGCGCACACUGGGGGAGUCGCAUCACGCAAGGCCCAAUGCCGCAGAACUCUUAGCAGGCACAAACCACAAUGCUUCUGAGAGGGAUCGGCCCGUGACUGUUCACCCUGUGUCGCAGUCUGGCUUCAGUCCACCUCAGGCGCAGCGCAACAUCUCUGGCUCAUCCGAACCUCCACGCAGUCUAUGGCGGCAGUCAGCGCCCACCGGUGCUGUUCAUGAACCUCCCCAUGACAGUCGCGCAGAGGAACCUCCGCCGAUGCAUCGCACCUAUGGCCCAUACCCCCCAUCUAUGCUGGGCGCUCCCCGAUACGGCGCCCAAAGUUCAGAAGAUAUGCUGCGACGCAGUGUAGACCAGUUGGGCCAUCGCGUAGUCGAGCAGUACCACGCUCCUCCUACUUCCGACCCCAACUCCCUCGAGCGACAGAGGACCGAGCCACUCGCACGUUCUCUAUCCUCCAGCGGAAGAUCGCUCUACGAUCAGCCUUCCAGGAUGGGCGAGGCCAUGCAACACUCGAAAUCGCACAUUGGCUUUGGUUUGGAGGCGAGCAGACGAACGGGCAGAGCGUCUCCGCUUCCACAGGCUGUUCAAGGUGCCUCGGCGCAGCCCCUGUCCGUUGGCAAAGAUCCUGGAAUCAAGAGCGAAUUCGGGCGCAUGUUCUCCGGUCUCGGCAGCGGGCUGGGAUCGACGACCCCAUCGCGGGGAAGUCCCAUGCCACAGAACGGCCAGGGCUCAUUCGAAUCGGACAACGGCGAAAUGAUGAGAAGAAUCGGUUCCCAGCAAGGAAGGAAGCCGAAGCGAGUCAAGGAUGAGGAGGGAAUCUUCGACAUCGAGAAUGCUGAUGGUAGAGGAACACCCGGUGCGCGAGGGACCAAACGGAACAAGCACCAUCAUCAUCAUCUACCACAAGCUGGCCCAGGCCAAUCACAAGUAACAAAGAUCCUGACCAAGAUCCACGACGUACAGCCUGUUCUCGACGAUGCUGCGAAACGCCCUCGCAAACAUCUUGGAUCACAGCUGUACGAUGCAAAGACAGAGCUGCCCAAGCCCAACUCAUCGCUAGAUGACCAGUUCGGAUACGCCUCGAAACCUCAACGGCUGCCUCGUUUCGACGUCAAUCCCAUCAAUUGCACCUUUACCAUCAGAGUGCCGCGUUACUACCUGAAGCCACGACAACGCCAGCACGUCGUGUUAGAGAGGCAUCUUUGGGGUGCGCGCGUGUACCGGGACGAUUCAGAUCCUAUUGCUGCUGCGAUCCACUCUGGAUGGAUCCGUGGUGAAUGGGAUGAUACUGUCGAUGUCACUAUGCUCGACCCACGCAUCACUGCGCCCAACGACCCAGCCGAUGCCGCUGACGUUCUCACAAAGGUGCCAGCGGCCCCUGUGACACCACCCGCCGAUAUGGACUUGCAGAUUGAGAUACUCAUCUUGCCGCAACUUCAGGAGUACACCGGUUCCGUCGAAUAUGGCAUCUCGAGCAGGAAGAGCAAGGCUCAUGAGGGUCUCAGCUUCAUGAUCAAUAAGAUUCGAUGGGUUGAGGAAGGCAUCGGCAGCCGAGGACAGGAACGAACAGCGGCGGCAUUGAAGCGACGAUUGGAUGCCAGCGCGACUCUGCUUGCUUUGCAAAGGGGAAUCGACAACACACACAGGGUCAACGGCAUGACCAAACUGCAUGCUUGA